AAGGACUUUCUAAUCAAAAAGAAUUAUGCCUCAUCAUCUUGAAUUGAAUUCUUCUUCUUGUGAAAUUUCAUAUUCAUUGAUCGUUUUUUAGAAAUUUUCAUAAAAAUCCGUCCAUGUUUUCCUUCACCUUCUCCUCAAAAAGCGACCACAAAUUUGAAUUCUCGUCUACUAAUCCAAAGAGGAAGAGGUUCAAUGUGUACUUGAGUUUCUGCGCCAAAGAUGCUGGUUCGUUUGCUAUGAGUAUCUAUAAGACUCUUAGCAUAAAAGCUGGAUUUGUUGUUUUCUGGGAGGAAAAGAGGCUUGGUUAUGGAGAUCGGAUAGUAACACCCUUGGAGCCAGUGCUGAAUGUUAUAGGAAAGUGCAAAAUUGUUGUAAUCAUAUUUUCAAGAAAUUAGGCUAAUACAAGACGAUGUCUACAAGAAUUGAAGAAAAUAACUGAAUGUUGCCGAACAACAUCUGGUCUUACUGUUCUGCCUUUGUUCCAUGAUCAUGUCUAUCCCUCAUGCGGAAUUUUAAAGACAUGUAUGUUUGGAGAUUCUUUUCAUAAUUUUGUGGAUAGAAUAUUGAUGCAGGAAACCUCCCAUGAGGGGGACAAAUUUAUAAGUUGGGUUGCAACAAUCAGUAAAGCUACUACAUAUUCAGGACCAAUAGAUCUUGUACAAAUACCCCCAGACAGGAACAAAAGUGAAUAUAUUGAUAAUCUGGUUGAACGUGUUACUCGUGUGAUAAGCAAUAAGAGAGGGUGGUUAAAUUGUUUAAAUACAAUGAGCAUAAAUUCUCGUGUGCAAGAUGUGAUUCAACUAUUGAAACAAUCAAAAUCUCCUCUACUUAUAGGGAUUUGGGGGAUGGCAGGGAUUGGUAAAACAACCAUUGCCCAAGCCAUUUAUCAUCAAAUUGGUCCCUAUUUUGCGGACAAGUGCUUUCUCAAAAAAGUCAAGGGAGCUUGGGAACAAGAAAGUGGUCAAGUUUUUUUACAACAGAAACUUAUUUUUGACAUUGACCAAGGAACUGAAAUAAAGAUACGUAAAAUUGAAUCAGGAAAACAAAUUUUAAAAUAUAGAUUUCGACACAAAAGGAUACUUCUUGUUCUUGACAAUGUUGAUAAAUUGGAGCAGCUAAAUGCUUUGUGUGAAAAUCCUGAAUGGUUUGGUGUAGGAAGCAAAAUAAUCAUCACAUCUAGGAAUAGACAUCUCCUCAAGGAGCAUGGAUUUGACCAUAUAUAUAGAGUCAAAGAAUUGGACGGAAGUGAAUCGCUUGAGCUUUUUAAUUACGGUGCAUUCAGGCAAACAACACAUCCUCAAUAAGAUUUUCUUGAUCUUUCCAAACAGGUAGUUGC